AUGCUGACGCCAUCGGCCUCCAACUGCACGUCUUUUUGCACGGGACAGAUACUGACACAUGCAAGAACAAUAGAUAAUAAAUAUCAUCUACUCCUCCAGAGCUGCGGUAGACGGUCAAUUCAGUCCUCUCCUCUCGGCCUGCCACCAAUCACCAUGUCUUCCGAAAAGAAACAACUCAUCAUCAAUGCCUUUGCAAUGCAAUCGCCGAGCCACCUAAACCCAGGUCUAUUCCGCCACCCCACAGACCAAGGCGCAGACUACAAGAACAUCAAGCACUGGAUCACCCUAGCCAAGAAGCUCGAAGAUGCCAAAUUCCACGCCAUCUUCUUCGCGGACGUUCUAGGGGGCUACGAUGUAUACAGAGGCCCCUCAAACCUCACCCCAACAAUCCCCGCGGCUGCCCAAUUCCCAAUCAACGAUCCCCUCUACAGCAUUCCCGCCAUGGCAGCAGCCACAGAAUCAAUCGGCUUCGGCGUAACAGCCUCAACAACAUACGACUCCCCCUACGCCCUAGCAAGACGCUUCUCAACAGUAGACCACCUCAGCAAUGGCCGCAUCGGCUGGAAUAUCGUCACCUCCUACCUCGACUCCGCGGCUCGCAACUUUGGCCUAGACACACAGGUCGAGCAUGACGAGCGCUACCGCAUCGCGGACGAGUACCUGGACGUCACCUACAAGCUGUGGGAGGCAUCUUGGAGAGACGACGCAGUGACCUGGAAGCAGGGCUCCGAGAGCAAGACCCAGCCAUAUGCGGAUCCAACUGCUGUUCGUGAAAUCAAUCACAAGGGGAAGUACUUCCAGGUUCCUGGUCCUCAUCUCUGUGAGCCCAGUCCCCAGCGUACGCCGUUUAUCUUGCAGGCUGGUACGUCGACGGCGGGUAAGGCGUUUGCGGCGAAGCAUGCGGAGGCUGUGUUCUUGCACGCGCAGAAACCAGAGCUUGUUCGUCCUUCUGUUGAUAGUAUUCGCCAGCAGGCUGCGGAGAUUGGACGUAACCCGCAGGAUAUCAAGGUUGUGGCGGGUGCGUUGGUGAUCGUUGCUGAGACGGACGAGGAAGCGCAUGCUAAGUUCGAGGAGCUGAAGACGUAUGGCGAUCGAGAGGGCGCGCUUGCUCUUUUCGGUGGUUGGACUGGAUACGAUUUGUCGACCUACUCUGAUGAUCAGGACUUCCGUUUCGUGGAGCUUCCUGCUGUUCGCAGUAUGGUGAACCACUGGGCUAGUACGGUGCCUGGCACCGAGAGCCAGAAGUGGGAUAAGAAGACUAUUGCUGAGUAUUUGGUGCUUGGUGGUAAUGGUGUCAAGAUCAUUGGGAGUGCGAAGACGGUAGCUGAUGAGCUGGAGCGAUGGGUGUCUGUUGGCGAUGUCGACGGGUUCAACCUCAGUUAUGCUAGUCUCCCUGAUACCUUUGACGAUAUUAUUCGUUUGCUGCUGCCGGAGUUGCAGCGCCGUGGUCUGUUCUGGUCGGACUAUGCUGUCAAGGGUGGAACUUUCCGGGAGAACAUGUAUGGGAAGCAGGGUCAGACCAGACUCCCUAAUGCGCACCCUGGCGCGAAAUACUUCUGGAAAGAGGGUCAGGAGGUGCCUCCGUAUUCAUUGGAGGAAUCGAAUUAG